AUGAAUAUCAUUCAGAUGAUGGCUUCAACCAGUGAAAGCGUCGGGCCAAUUGCUGAUAUCCGUCUGCAACUUAUUUGUCUCGGUGGGUACGACAGCUCGCCUGUUUUUCAGUACAUCGACAUCACUGACUUGAGCCUAGGCUCCCUACGAGCAACCAAGGCCAUUGCAUGGACCAGCAUCUUCCCAUAUGUUUAUUUCAUGAUCGGCUCUUUCAACGAAGUCCCUGAUGCGCAGAUAUCCUUUUACGCUGACCUCCUCAUUGCAAUAUUCACCUUUUCCGAAUUCCUCAUGUGUGGCAUGAUAACUUCAGGAUGGCUUCGUAUUUCACAUUCCAUAGCCAGUGCUGCCGCAUCGAGGGCUUUUGGUGGUCUUCUCAACCCCAACACCGGGUUAGUUCCAGCGUGUCUUUGGAAUAUGUACGACACAUGGACAGCUUGUGGAUACUCCACUCAGAAGGCCUGCCUGGAUCUAACCCAUAUCAGCAAUCUCAUCGGCCCAGUUCUUGGAGGCAUGUUGGCAGAGCCAGGCAAAAACUACCCGUCGGUGUUCCCACCUGGUUCCAUAUGGACAACCUAUCCAUUUUUGCUACCCAAUCCCGUGGUAGCGUCUCUGCAGCUGUUUGCGUUGAUCUUCACCUCUCUCUUCCUAGAGGAGACGCACCCGGAGCUCCGAGAAAUUCCGGACUGGGCCCUUGCAGUAGGCCGUGACAUUGUUGGAAGGCAAUCCUCGCACGGGCAGGAGUAUGACUAUGAGAUGGUUGACGCUAAUCAGGAGGGCUUUGAAAGUUUAGAGAUACUUGACAAUACCCAGCAAGAGGAUGUCAGCAAUGUCUCUGGCCACGAAGACGACAAAAUCAUACGUCCAAUGAGAGCCUUGACCAAGCAGCUCAUCCUCCAGACUCUGUCCGUCUCUCUCCUGGCCUUCCACAAAGUCUCUUCAGAUGCCAUCAUGCCUGCCUACCUCGCGGCUCCCCCAGACAUUUCAACACAGAAGCUGGCCGGUGGUUUCGGGUACCGUGGUCCAACAAUAGGCUUCAUACUCCUGUCUCAUGCCAUAAUUGCAGCCAUCGCCCAAAUACGGUUCGUGUCGUGGUUUAUCAACAAGAUGGGGCCACUCCAGGCAUACCGUGUCGUGCUCUGCGCCUACCCGGUCGUCUACACCUUUACACUAUUUCUGCCUGGGACUCUCAGUGACGUCCAGCACAUUGGCGCUAAUGCUGGUCGUUCUGGAGUUGUGGUUCAACGUUGUGUUGUCAUCGAUUGGGUACAUUUAAUCGCUAAAACCACAUCAGCCGAACGUUUCCUCGCUCGAACCAAUAGCGCAGCGGCUUCAUUUGGUUGCCUGACACGAUCGGUAGGCCCGCUGGUCACGGGAAAGGUCUAUGAAGUCGGUGAUCGGAUAGGUUUCGCGGGACUCGCGUUCUGGGUGCUGGCUGCAGUGGCGGUUGCGAGUGGUGUUGAGUCAUUGUGGCUCAGGGAUCAAGUAUAG